AUGGUGUCUCCACAUAUCCGGAGGGCAACCCGGUGCAAUUUCGCCCUGAGCCCGGAGGUCCAGUUACUGGCUGCACUGCGUUUUUACGCAGUGGGGAGCUUCCUGGAGGUGGUGGGGGACGGCACCGGACUGAGCAAGGCGUCGGUGUCACGGAGUGUGGCAGCCGUGACAUCGAUCCUCCUGCACCAUGCCCGAGCGCACAUCCAGUUGCCCACCACAAGGGAGGAGAUCCGCCAGGCGGUGGUGGACCCCGAGGGCCUGAUAACGGACAUCGUUGCUAGGUGGCCGGGGGGCACCCAUGACAGCUACGUGUUUGUCAACUCGGCUGUGGGGCAGAAGGCUGCUAGGGAGGAGUUUGGCUGGAGCUUCCUCCUUGGGGACAGCGGCUACCCUCUCCGCAGCUACCUGGUGACCCCUUUGACCAACCUGGCAACACCAGCGGAGGAGAGGUUUAAUGAGGCGCACACAGACACUAGGACCCACAUCAAACGGAUGUUUGGCAGGUGGAAGUCACGGUUCCGUUGUAUCCAUUGUUCAUCGGGGGGGCUGCGCCUGUCACCUACCAAGAGUUGUGGUGUCAUCGUAGUCACCGCCAUGCUCCACAACAUGGCUGUGCGCGCCGGAGCAGAUGAGCCGCCUCCCUUGGAUGAGGACGAGGAUUCUGAAGAUGACGAUGCCCCACCUCUGGUCCCUGGACCUCCGAACGAUGCCCGAGCAGCACUCCACCAAGCCGGUGUCCACAGAAGACAGGAGCUCAUUGACCUGUUUUUCUGA